UCUCUCCUCUCCUCUCCUCUCCUCUCCUCUCCUCUCCUCCCUCCUCUCCCCCUCCCCCACCUCUGUCUCUGUCAGCAGUUGUAACUAAGACUGCCCUUAAACUCCCUGUGUAGCUCAGGAUGACCUUGAACUCCUGAUCCUGCGUCCCCCUCCGGAGGGCUGGGACCCAGGCCUGUGCUACCACACCAGGUAGAUGCAGGGCUGGGCUAGGUAAACAGGGAUCCAUGUGCCCAUGUGCCCAUGUCGGUAGUAUGCUUUCUUCCUAUUGGCCAGAAGAGACCCUAGCCAUCACCUCCCCUCCCCUCCACUUCCCUCUCUUGCCUGGUGCAGGCUGGGAUUCUCCAGAUUACCAUCACGUUGCCCUUUCCUGUGUUCAGGGGGUCACUGUGUUUAGAGGUGUUUUCCAGAAGGUACCUGGCCAUGAGCGUGGUCAAUGACCAGGAAUGCAGACUCACCAUGAAGCUAUGGGCGUCAACAGAUGGUUGCCACAUGGGACACCAGGGGUGCAAUGGAGCCAGCAACUAAGGAGGGACACAGAUGCCUCUGCAAACCCUGGUUGUUAGCAGUAUAGACACCUAGCUGAGGUUCUGAGUGUGUCUGCCCACCAGACCCAAGGGCUAAGCCCUAAGAAGGGCUUUUUGAUCAGCCAUGAGAAGUCUGUUGAGGGCUCCAGCAGAGGAAAGAUGGAAGUGUCCAGGGAGCAUGCAGUUAAGGCAAAAACAGGAGAUCCUGCAGCAUCAAACAGCAGAGAAGGAUUCUGGGGGAAGAGGUCUCCACAGACAGCUGAUUGUGUGUGUGGUGUUGCCUGUACUGGCCCUGGUUCCCUCCACCCAAGGGUCAAGGUUGGAACUGCAUCCCUCUAAGAGGAUCACUGGUCCUAGCAGGUGUGCCCUCUGCUGGUGGCUUUGGGGAAUGCUCCUCCUGGCUCAGUGCCUUGAGCUGGCAAGGCUUGCUGAUGCAGACAAAGAGCUACAGUACCCUGGUGGAACAGGGGAACAUAUGUUGCUCAGGGAGCACUUCUGAAGCUGGGGAACCCCUGGGAGGGUUCAGUGGCCAGACGCCCAUGUUGAACAUCAACUCCCUGAAACCUGAGGCCCUGCACCUGCCACUUGGGACCUCAGAGUUCCUAGGCUGCCAGCGGCGCCACACACUCCCUGCCAGUGAGUUCCGCUGCCUCACACCUGAGGAUGCCACCAGUGCGUUUGAGAUUGAGCGGGAAGCCUUUAUCUCUGUCUCCGGUACCUGUCCCCUCUACUUGGAUGAGAUCCGGCACUUCCUAACCCUGUGUCCAGAGCUGUCACUGGGCUGGUUUGAGGAAGGCUGCCUUGUGGCCUUCAUCAUUGGCUCGCUGUGGGACAAGGAGAGACUUACUCAGUCUUAGUCGACUCCUAUGAAACAGUCGUUUGACCUCCAAAGGGGUCACAACCCACAGGUUGAGAAUUGCUGCUUUAGAGUCCCGAACUGUAGGACUUUAGAUGUAGGUAGCAGUGGGGUCCUGUCUGGUAAGGGAACCCUGGAUGUUCCUGGUACCCAGGAUCCUUUUGGUCUGGUUGGGUUUGGAGAAACAGGUGUAGCAGAAGUAACCCAGACAUCUGUCCCUUGCCCAUCCCCAGGAGUCGCUGACACUACACAGGCCCGGAGGCCGCACAGCCCACCUGCACGUACUGGCGGUGCACAGAACCUUCCGGCAGCAGGGCAAGGGCUCUGUCCUCCUGUGGAGAUACCUUCACCACCUGGGCAGUCAGCCGGCCGUGCGCCGGGCUGUGCUCAUGUGUGAGGAUGCCCUGGUACCCUUCUAUGAGAAAUUUGGCUUCCAGGCUGUGGGCCCAUGUGCCAUCACCGUGGGCUCUCUCACCUUCACGGAGCUACAGUGUUCCUUACGAUGCCACGCCUUCCUGCGCAGGAACAGCGGCUGCUGACCCAAGCUGUGUGCUUGGCCAUGGCGAGGGUGGGAGCAGCAGCUCGGGGCCUCCGGUCCACUUCCCAUGUCACAGCCUCCUCUGCCUCCAGCCCAUCCAACUAGAGCUGGCUAGCAUGAAGGGAGACAGCGGUUCCCAACUGGAGUACAGAGGUAAGGGCCAAUAAAGAGGACAGGAGGUGGCUUCCCUUCAGCAGAGGCUGCUGUCUGUCCCCAGAGGACCUCUUGCCUUCUGAACUGUGCACAAAGGCAAGACCAGGAUGGGGAAGCAGGAACAGAGGGGGUUUGUCUCCGCAUUUCCUCCUCUGCCUGCUCUGUUUACUGUGCUCCAGUGCAGUGCCCUGGUCCUUGGGAGCCCUCACUCCUGGCCAGGCUGACAUCCCUUCCUAGCUCCGAACGCUGGGGAUGAGGGGCAGCCAGGAGCCGGGACUUGUUAAUGGUGGCAUCCUUGGGGUAGGGACAUGCUGCAGAGCCACACCAAACUGCAGUCAGCCACCAAUGUGCCGGCCCACCCCCCUGCCUCCCUGGUUCCCCCACCAGCCACAGGACUGGCACCUCUGCCCACGAAUAAAGUAGCUAUGUCCCCAGUGGCUGUGCCUCAUGGGUGUGUGUAGGGUCUUCUUCGAGCUGACUGGAGCAAACACGUGGCCUCCUCCCCGCUGGUCCACCUCUGCUGGAACAGGCCACUCCUGCUGCCCAUCAGCCCCUGAUGUCCCUGGAGCAAAGGCAGAGCAGCUGGGGUUGAGGUCUCAGGGCUCUACACGUAACCCAGUUCUCUCAGGGUCCUUGGGGGCUCUGCUGAGAUCUCAAUCUGGUUUCUAGUUCAACUAAAUGACAGAGAUCCCAAGUGUUCCGGUCUGCUUCAGCCUCAAGGCCCCGGGGCUUUCUCUUUCAAAUAAAAACAUUGUUUUGGCUGGGGCGGUGGUAGCGCACACCUUUAAUCCCAGUACUUGGGAGGCAGAGGCAGGCGGAUCUCUGAACUGAACCCAGGUUCUCUAUAGGAAGUGAGCCAUCUCUGUAGCCCCAAGUUCUAGCUUUCCUUCUCUUGGAGGUCUAAGGCAAAAGGCAGCAUUUUAAUAAAGAAUGUCAUUUAAUAAACUUGA